GCACAACUCAAAAUAACCAAGAACGAUGAAUAGUUUAUUAAUCUUCUUGUUGUUUUCUUUAGCAACCAUCCAGAACUCAUCCGAAUCUUGUGACGACAUUUUGGUGACGGAUUUGUCACAACAUGAUUGUAUCGCCAAACAAACGAACACCGACUCCUACUACUACUCGCUGGACGAAACGCAGAGCUGCCUCCCCAGUUGCAAGAAAUACAACCCGGACGGUCACUUCCGCGACAGCUGUUCCAAGCAACGUUGUCCUGCCGGAUACACCUGUUCGAAACGGUGCAACCGCCUCAUAGAGUAUGCAGAGAUCAGUUGCGAGACCAGGGCGGAUUGCACAAAAGCGGGAGCCCUGAGGGCGCAGUGCGUCGACAUGUGCGUCUUAGAUGCAGACACCUGCAUGGCCUACCACGCCAACACCUCAGAUUUCAGAGACAACAAGUUCGGAGCGUUGAAAUUCAAACCGGCUUGCGACAACGAUGGCCAAUGGGACGCCAAGCAAUGCAAAGGCGGAGUGAGCGGCAAAUGCUACUGCUACGAUCCCAAGGGUGAAAAACUGUUCGGGCAGGCUCUGUACCCGAAUGCUGCGGACAUGACGUGCUCGUGCAGCCGAAGGAGAGCCGAACUGCUGGAUUCCGGGCGACCUUUCGUCUCCUUCCACUGCGACAGCAAGGGAAACUUCGAGAAAAUGCAGUGCGACAGUGGUUUGUGUUGGUGUGCGGACCCCAAAACGGGAGAACUGGUCUCGGCCGUAGUACCAGAAAGGGUCAUGCCCAAACUGCCGUGUUACGACACCACCACUUUGGGCAGCCAGUAUCUCAGACAAUGCGACAGCCAUCAGUAUGCCAUCACCAAGAUAACGAAUACCCUGAAAACUCACGGGGUGGUAUACGCAAAUUUCGGAAUGAGGUUGUGCGACGGUGACGGAGCGUAUGGGGCGUAUAAUGUCAGCAACGGUAUAGCGUACUGUACAUGGAGAGACGGUACCACAAUCAACACUUGGCAGAGCGAUUCCAGUACGGAUAUCAGCACUCUGAAUUGCAACUGUGCCAGGGAUUACAAGAUGUACGCCCACCAGUUGCAUUGCACUGGAUCUGGGAACUACGAAUCAGUGCAGAAUUUCAUUUUGAAUAAGCAGAAUUACUUUUAUUGCGUAGACGAUGAUGGCUUCGCCAUCAGUGAUUAUUUCACAACGAGGGUUGAUAAUUGCACGAGUUACUAUUGAAAAAUGAAAUGACCAUUUAAAUGUAUCAGUCCAUUAAAUUGUUGAGACAUACAAAUAAAUCUUAUAUCUGUG